AACGCGACUGGACUCCUUCGUUUUCUAAUUCGUAUCUCAUUUUCAUGGACUGGAGAAGAUGAAUUCUCUUCACCGCAUCGUAGGAUCGAUCGCCAGAACAACGAUCGCACGCCCAAUCUCUUCUAGGGUUCCGCACACCCUCCUCCCCUCGAUUCUCGCCGAUUCCUUCUCCACGAAGCCCCGAAACGACGACGACAAAUGGAACGACGCGUGGGAAUCGGCUUGGCUCCCGGACGAUCUCACCGACAAGACGAGGGCGCCGUGGGAGACGGACGUGAACUUCCCUUCCGCGGAGGGAGAGGUGGAAGAUGUGGAGGGGAAGGCGUUCGUGGAGGAUAUGAAGGAGCACUGGGACGAGAGGAGAGGGAAGAGCGGGAAGGAGAAGGAGAAGGAGAAGGAGAAAGAGAGGAGAGAGGAGGGAGAGUCGCUGUAUAGCGUGGAGACGAUGAAGAAGGAUUACAGGUUGAAGAAGCAGAGAGUUCACGCGUCUCUGUGGGUUAAGGAGAUUGAGAAGAUGGAGGAAGCUAAGUUGGGUGAUGAUUCUGGUGGAGCUGAUGAUAUCGAUCGCCUUCUUGAUAGCUGCUCUGAGAUUUUCGACUCGGUAGACCAUGAUUUCGACAAAUUGGAAGUCUCGAGUGGGUCUGAAUUGAAAAACAAGCCGGAUGGUUGGGAAUCAACAACAAAGGAACAAGAUGGAAAUCUCUGGCAAAUGUCACAAAGAGAGGAAGACAUUCUUCUCCAAGAAUUCGAUCGCCGCAUCUCCUUCUGCAAAUUUCAGAUUGCUAGUUUUAUAAAGCAACACAUAUUCAGCAGGAGGAGACCGAUUGAUGGGUGGAGAUAUAUGAUCGAAGUGAUUGGUCCAAAUGCUAGAAAAGGCAAAGGUAGUGUUUCUAGGCUCCCUGCUUUGUCCGAUGUUUCCACUCAACCCUUUAAAGAAGAAAGUGCCAGUCUUAGUACCUUCAAGCGUCGGUCCAACAGAGAUUUGUGAGGCUUGAGAGGAUGAGUUCAUGACAAAAAUGGUUCUAUAACUGUGAGAUUGUUUAAAAGGAUCUACAGAUUAUGUCACGUUAAAGACAAUAUACUCUCUAGAUUCUUAGUUUACAGAUAUGAAUUUAAGUUAUGAACUCAAGAGUAAGUUUUAUGUGUAUGAUCUAUUUUUUUUUUUUUUUGAACAUCUGAAAAUGUAUGAGCUUAUAAGUAAUCUGACGAUGGUUUGGCCG